AUGCAGGGGACGCCGCUGGUGUCGUCGCAUGGUCGGAGCGCGUCUCCGAUCGUGCGGUUCAGCAGUCCGCGCGCGGAGAAUGUGGUGCGGCCCAAGGCAGUACUUACGACGCUCACCCUGCUCGGGGUCAUCUACACCGCCAGCAUCAGCGGUGGCUACGGUCUUGAGGAAUCCGUCAGGGCUGGCGGCCCGCUGCUGUCCAUCCUCUUUCUCUGCCUCAUCCCAUUCGUCUGGGGUGUUCCUGUGUCGCUGUGCGUGGCGGAGCUGUCCUGCGCUAUUCCGUCGAAUGCCGGGCCGAUCAUGUGGGUCAACUGCACCUUCCCGUCGUGGAUGACGCUCAUGACAGUGCUGUGGACAACCUUUUUGAACUCAGUCGACAACAGCCUGUAUCCCGCCGUCUUUGCCGACUACUGCGCUACCCUGUUUCAUCUCGACUGGAUGGGAACCGUGCUCGUGAAGGUCAUCUUCCUGUGUAUAUGCGCCGUUAUCAACAUUAUCGGCGUCACACUUGUCGGCGUCCUCAGCGUCGGCAUCAUGUUUAUUACCAUCCUGCCCUUCUUUGUAAUCUUCCUGCUGCAGCUGCCGCACGGCCUCAACUGGAAGCGCAUUACGUACAUUCCGGACAGGAUUGACUGGGCGGCGUUUCUCCCCGUCGUUGCGUGGAACUUCUCCGGAUUCGACUCGGCCGGCAACGUGAUUGAGGAGGUGCAGAACCCGAACCCGACCUUCAUCCGCGCGCUCAUCCUCAUGAUCGCCGCGGCGCUGGCCACGUAUAUCCCGCCAAUUCUCGCUGGUGCCUCGGCUGAGAAGCUGAGCGACGUCAGCUUCGACCAGUGGGGCGACGGCUUCUGGGUGAAGGUCGGCGAAGCGGUUGGCGGGACCCCGAUGGCAGCGACUAUCAUGGUUGGCGGCACCAUCUCAACGGUUGGGCUCAUGACCACCCUUCUGGCGACAACCUCGCGGUCGCUGGCAGGUAUGGGAGCGUUGAACGUGUUUCCAUCGUGUUUUUCGAAGUGGCUGGAGAAGUACUCGGACAACUACAGGACCCCGGUGAACGCCAUCCUCGUCAACACCACUGUCACAUGCGCUCUGUCUCUGUGUCUAACCUUUCAAACACUGGUGCAACUGGACCAGGUGCUCUACGCGUUGCGCCUCAUCGUCAUUCUCUCCUCCUUCUUGAAACUGCGUUUCACACAGCCACUGCUAGAGCGCCCGUACCGCACUCCUGGCGGCAAAGCUGCCGCCGUCGUAUUGGCUGGUGUCCCCAUCACCUUCAGCGCGUUUCUCAUCGCGAUGGCCAUGACGGGCGGACCGUUCAUCUUCUAUAGCAGCGUCGUCCUCAUCGCUGGCACGGUUGUCGUCUCCUACAUCACCGUUCGCUUUUUCCGCUCCGACGGAUUUGAGGGGUCACUGGUCGAGGAGUACGAGGACGCUGACAUGUCCACGUACGGUACGAUUCUUGAAAUGGAGUCCUCCGAGUGGCGCCUACUUCACCAGAGGCACACGUUUAUCGACUGUCCGCCUCGUAUCAACGUUGCCCGCCUUCACGCUUGA